AUGAAUAGUGGAAUGGUGAGAGAAGAUUCGGAUGUCGCAUUGGAAGCAUCCCACUUUGCUUUCCUUCAACAGAACAAGAAUAUUUUAGCGAAUAAUGUUCUCUGGAAGCGGAAGGAACAGUUAGUGAAAUGGGAAACAUCGGAAACGAAUCGUUUGCCAUCAGUUCGAAAGCUUAGUCAUGAAUCUAAAGUCAAGUUCACUGACGAGGAUAUAUUUCUGAGUGCUUGCUUAAGUGGUGACUUGGAAGAAGUGCAGACAUUACUCAACGAUGGUGCGAAUAUCAAUACUAGUACAGUGGAUGGUCUUACAGCCUUACAUCAGGCAGUCAUCGAUGGCAAACCAAAAAUGGUACAAUUUUUAGUGGAGCAUGGAGCUAACGUCAACGCACAAGAUAAUGAAGGUUGGACUCCAUUACACGCAGCAGCUUGUUGUGGGAAUAUCGAUUUAGUCGAAUAUCUAUGUACAGAGGGUGCCGAUCUUUCUGUGACAAAUAGCGACAAGGAAUUAGCUGUUGACUUGGCAGAGGAAGAUGACUGUCGUUUGGCCCUGGAAGAGGAACAUCAACGACAAGGCAUCAAUCCUGAUGAAUGCCGAAACAGAGAGUUAGCAAUAAUGAGACGUGAUGCAGAGCAAUGGCUGAAGGAUGGUGAAAUGCAUGAUCAUCCGCAUUCUCGAACUGGUGCUACAGCGCUUCAUGUUGCAGCUGCAAAAGGCUAUAACGAUGUAAUAAGGUUGUUGCUUAAAGCUGGUGCUGAUGUAAAUUGUCGCGAUCGUGAUGGCUGGACCCCACUUCAUGCUGCUGCACAUUGGGCUGAGCAUGAGGCUGUUACUAUUCUUAUUCAGAAUGGUGCCUCGUUCUCCGAACUUACCAAUAAUGGUGAAACAGUAUUAAAUGUUGCCGAUAAAGAUAUUGUUGAAUACUUGGAAGGAAUGCAGGAAAAAGAACGGUUGAAACUGACUUCCAACAGUUCUGUUAAUGUAUUGAUACAUUCUAAUACACCACUUAAAAGAGCUAGUUCAACGACUUCCGUUUUAAGAAUGUCUACGGAAGAAAAAACAAAGAAAACAAAACUGGACGAACGAGAUGAAAAAAAAGACCUCAAGGAAGGCGAUUACUCCUUCAUUAUUGAGGACAAGUCCCCAUCUCCAUCUGUAGAAGUUCGAUUACCGUUCCCUGUGAAACAACAUCAACCCGAUAUUUGUGAGUCUCCCUCUGAAGAUAGCAGAUCUCCUUCCAAAUCAAACAGUGAAGGUUGUAGUGAAGAAAAAACUGCUUCGAUUUCUGAAUCCAAGGACAGCGAUUUGGACAAAAGUGAAUCAGCUGGAUUGGAAUCUGUUACUUCUUCUGAGUCUGAUCAAAAAAGAAGCUUAGCAGUGGAGGAUAGAUUGGCACUUGUUACAACCGUUCCAUCUCCUCCUCCGAUUGUGCCAGCGUGCGCAAGCGAAUCGAAAUCUCCAUCAGAAGUGAUACGGAAUUCAACUUCCCCUUCAUCAUCUAUAACCAUUAGCAGUUUGACUUCACGAUCUGCGAGUAUUGAUUCUAAUUCGUCGAUUGCCUUAUCGCAGAAUCAGCCGUGGCUUAAAACUCAUUCUGCAGAAAAAGAAUGUGCAACGACAACAACUUCCUUAGAGCCAUCUACUCGUUUCAGUAAAUCUGUCAACUUGCAACGAUCAACAUCAACACCUGUCCCAUGGUUGCCUCUGUAUCGUAGUUCGGCAGUCAAAGGUCCGCUACAUCCGGCUUUUGCGCAUUUCCAAGCUGCUGUACGACAGACUGCUACGGCCACCGUGAGUAGAAAUCAACCAAUAACGAACGCUUGUUCAUUGCAGACUGGCGUACCGUCUUUGUCAAGGGGAUCGCUUGCAACACCACCGAUGGAACCGAAUAUGCCAAAUGAAAGUGAAGCUGAACGACGAAGUAGAGCAAAGCGGCAAAGAGACUCGCGCAGAUCGACUCAAGGAGUAACUCGAGAGCAGCUGCGCGUUGCUACAACUCUGACUGUUCGACGUGAUGACAAGGAAAAAGAUCGGGAGAAUGAUUCGCAGAGGAAUGGAACGAACUCUUCUUCGUCUUUGGAAUCCACUUCACUGCAUGAAAUCGAACAAAGAGUUGGGGAAGAAAGGAAAGAUUUUGACGCUAAAACAUAUUCUCCCAGUCAGUCGCUUUCCGCUGUUCGUCGUCGGUCGCAAGCUCCAAGAAACACACGGCGCGUGACAGGUCCAAUCCGAAUUGAGAAUCUUCAGAGUGAUGAAGCAUCAAAAGACUCGGUCCAGAAAAGUAGUGAUGACAUGUCUUCAGCCAACAUAACCACACCAUCAUCUCUCAACGUCGAUCGCUCAAACCCUGUCACUGCUACUACUUCCUAUAACUUUAGAGAUAAUGCUCUUACAACCAUUGCUUAUACUCAGACCUCUCUUCCUGGUAAAGUAAGGACCACCCAAACUAAUUCAAUACAUAUCGGUGGAGGAACACCUACAACAACAUUUCAAAUGCUUAGUAGCAGAACGAAGUGCCAGGAGACAACUGUGGAUUACAAAGCACUAUAUGAAAAGGAAAAACAAGAAACGGAAAGACUACGUCACCGAAUUGAAGAAUUAUCAUUAGAGAAAUCGAAUUCAGUAAAUAGCAUUCCACUACUGAAAUGUAAUAUUGGAGGACGGCUUACAUCACUACCAUCGCUUAAUAAGUCUUCAUCAUCAGCAUCAAUGAACGAACGUGAACGACAUAGUUAUGAACAACGAAUUGCCGAAAUGCAGUAUGAAAUUGAGGAAUUGAAAAAGCUGGAGAAAAACAAUGAUUCGCUACGAGUGGAAAACGAAGCAUUGAUUCGUGUGUUAUCUAAAAUGAGCCGUCAGCAAAGUACACCAACUUGGCCUCGGUAG